AUGGAGUUAGCCAAUAUGCGUGAAAAAUGUAAUAAAUCAAUUGAUUUAUUAUUGCUUAAAAAGCAUGACAAUAAAUCAUUUUUAAGUGUCGAGGAAUAUAACAAAUGGCUGCAAGAAGUAAAACAUUCCAAAACUUCAUUGAAUACACCAGGUUUAAAGAAAGUUCCUAAGGAUUAUAAGAAUGUUCGUAAGUACGAUGUAAUAACAAUAAGUGGAAAAGAGUAUCUUAUUAAAAGUGUAAAAGAUACUGCAUCUAAUGUAAUUUACUAUGUUACUAACAAGGAUUUAUUUGAUAUUCUAAAUAUAUUUCAUACUUCUAUUGGUCAUGGUGGUCGAGAUAGGAUGGUAUCUGAACUUAAACAAAAAUAUUGUAAUAUUACAAAAGAAGCCAUUAUGACGUAUUUGAAACUUUGUAUCCACUGCGAGAAAAAAUCGUCUAAUCCAAAAAGAGGACUAGUUUCCAAACCUAUAUUACAUAAAGCAUUUAAUUCACUUGCGCAGAUGGAUCUCAUAGACAUGCAGUCACAAAGUAUAGGAAGAUCGCCAUAUGAAGCAAUGUUUGGUUGCCCAGUGAGAUUAGGAGUUGCAUCAGUUGGUUUUCCGUCAGAUCAAGUUGCCAAUUUGAAUACUGAAGAAGAUAUUGAAAGAUUUGCUAAAACUGUUAUCCUAUAA